AUGGUUUGCGUUACGGUUACCGGAUGGUGUAAUGGGCGUUGUCAAGGAGUUCCUCGAAUUCCUGUGGAAGUCACAUUGCGAAAAUGUAAUGGUAAUGAAAAACUAGGUCUAACAGUAUGCUAUAGUUCUGGAUCAGAUGUUGAUACAUACACUGAAGUAUAUAUCCAAAACAUUGCACCUAACAGCGUUGCCCAUUGUGACGGGAGACUACGUGAAGGGGAUCAAAUACUCCAAGUAAAUGGUAAGGAUGUUACCAAUAAAGAAGAAACAGAAUCCCUCUUUGCCGAAAAUCCAAAGGCAGUAACGUUAUUGGUCAGUCGAUGUCCAAAUCAGAAUGAGAAAGAAGCCGAAUCUCCAACAGAAUUUUUAACUUCAUCUCCCCGAAGUGUAGCUUAUCAAAAUAGCCUUAUAGAGCAAUUAGUGCAGCAGCAAUCAGUUUUUGAACAAUCUCACACGCGUGAUGUACCAAUGGUCCCACCACACUUACAGUUGAAUCUCACCAACUCAUUGAUACGUUCCCAAAUGUACAUGAUAAACCAUGAGAUAUCAGAAUUGGAUAAGAGGAUGCAAAACAUACAACUAGUAAAAAGAGAUAAAUUUAAGUCUUUACAAUUGCCCUCGGAAUCUGAUUCAGAACACAUUUAUGAAACCAUUCCAGAAUCUUUAGAUUCCACAUUGGAACCCAUAUACUCCUGCCCAUACGAAUCGCAAGAAAACAUCAAUCUUCAACUUUUUGUAACAGAAAAACAAGACUCGAUCUCUAAAGAAGAAAAAACCAAUCAAUCAAAAAAUGCGCAAAGUGUUCGAAAUAACAGUAAUGAAGAAGAGCACGACAAUAGCUCCAGCGCAUACAACACAGGAGGGUCCUGUAACAGUAAUUUGCUAACUGUGGAACUGAGUUAUGGGCUAAACUCCAAUCAAAGGGACAAUUACAGGUCCACCCUUGUCUUAUAUGCACCGUCUGAGGAAGAAAAAUCCAAAAAACAACAGGAAUCAAAUGAUAACUGUGAUUUGUGUGAGGUUGUUACACUAAAGCCAAACAAAAACAAAACUUUGCCUACAAAAACAUGUAAUGCUCCUACUACAUCUCCUAUUACCAAACCAGAUCUCAAUAUAUCGGAUUUUUUGUCCGAUACUAUGUACACAAAUGUUGCUAAUCUGCAACAGACCAUAUUGCUACAACAACAACUUUUCCGACAAGCUUUAGGCAAACAGAGUAAUGGUACCAUCUGCAAACCAACAACUAGUUUCACAACACCAAGUUUAAGUCAGUAUCAGUUCGUUAAUUGUCCACAGACAUAUAAAGCAAAGGAUACCAAAAUGGAAUGGAAAGUGAAAAGACGGUCAGAUGGAACAAGAUACAUAGCGCGGCGCCCUGUUAGAAAUCGCAUUUUAAGGAAUAGGGCACUUAGAAUAUCUGAAGAAAGGGCCGGAGUUACCACCGAAGAUGACACCAUAUCCGAAUUUAAGAUGGGUAAAUACUGGAAGAAAGAAGAACGCAAAAAACACUUGGAAAGGUCAAAGGAACGAAAGCAAAGGCAAGAAAACACAGACGGUGUUUACCAAAAACCAUUUGAAAAAGUUCAUUCCAGUGCAACAAAAAAAAAUAUCGCAGAGAAUACCAACAAAAAACACAAACCCAAACGUACAAAUAAGGAAGAAUAUCAUGACUUCACAGCUGUUCAAGAAAUGCUUAUGCAUGGCCCUCAAGUGCUCCCCAACUCAAACAGUAAAAUAAUGGGGUUACUUUCUGUUACAACCGUGUAGUUAAAUGACAAGAUGCUUUGAUUUUAACAGCAAGUGUUUGCCUAUUUGGAAUAUUUUCAAAGUUAUAAAUUAAAAUUUUUUAUAAGAGACUUAAAUCUAAUGUUACAUUAAUGUUGUGGAAGAUUAAUUUGCAUAAUAUAGAAUAUUCCCUAUGUGAUGUUUUUAUUUAGUGUACAUAUCAAAAAUAAAGUUAUAUAUUUAGAAA